AUGGAAGCUACUACAAGCAUCAGCACGUCCGCCGCCUUUGAUACCCUUCAAUUUGUAAAGACAUUGACCAAUCGAGGAUUUCAGACACAACAAGCUGAAGUACUAUCGCAAACGUUAAAUCAAGUACUGGCUAAUUUACAGUUAUCUUUUAUGGAAAAAAUGGUUACCAAAGAUCAACAGGACAAAUUAAUCUUAAAAUUAAAUUCGGAUAUUACUUCUUUAAGGAAAGACAUGUUUAUACUAGAGAAAAGUGAAUUUGACGCGCUAAAGAAUGAGAAUGAGGAUGAAUUAUCAAAAGCCAAUGCUAAUUUUUCAUUAGAUGUCAGCAUGGAAAGAAGCAGACAAAAGGAAGUUGCUGCUGAUCAAGAACAAAAAAUUAGAAAUGUCAAUACUAAAAUCGAAACUGAGAUCGCUAGUCUAAAAACUAGCCUAGAAAGCCACAAGUUAGAUGUUAUGAAGUAUCUUGCAGGAUGUGUACGCACUAUGCAGCUUGUAUAG